AUGAAACUAUUUGAAAUGGGAUUAAGGGCCAUUCUCAGUUUGGUAGCAGUCAGCUCGGCGAGACCGGAAGCUGGAUACAGCUACAGCGCUCCAAGUGCACCAAGCGCUCCUGGAGGAGGUUAUCCUUCCGGACCAUCUGCUCCAUCACCUCAGUAUGGAGCUCCAGCAGCCGGUCCCAUCGUCCAGAAACAUGUCUAUGUACACGUUCCACCACCAGAGACUGACAUACCAGCUCCCAGGAAGCCCAUCACUGUAGCUCCACCACAGAAACAUUACAAAAUCAUUUUCAUUAAGGCCCCAACUCCACCAACCCCAACUGCACCCAUCAUUCCUGCUCAACCACAAAACGAAGAAAAGACCUUGGUCUACGUCUUGGUCAAGAAACCAGAGCCUGAACCAGAAAUCGUUAUUCCAACUCCUGCACCAACUCAACCCAGCAAACCAGAAGUAUACUUCAUCAGAUACAAGACACAGAAGGAAGAAGGUGGCUACGCUCCCAGCGGCACUCCAGACAGCUCCUACGGAGCUCCUCCUGCUGGCGGUCCUCCUUCAAGCGAAUACGGUGCUCCACGAAGCUUCUAA